AUGGAUAAAACACCAGCGCCUAUAUUUCGUCGGAGAAAUAUCCAUAUACCCUCUUCAGCGCUUCCCUCGUCGUCGCCGUCAUUUGCAACCCCAGUGCACCCAUUGAAGCCGUUCAACGUCAAUGCUUCCAAAGCCGGCAUACUUCCUAUUAUCCUCCCACCUGCGACAUUACGACCUCUUGCCUUUCGAACGUUUACCAAGAAACAUUCUCUGACCCUCACAUCCUCCGCGCUGCAAGAACUUGCCUCCUUCAUCGGCAGACACUGCGGAUCGGGAUGGCGCGAAGACGGGCUUGCAGAGAGGGUGCUUGAGGAGGCCGCUAGAAGCUGGAAGAAUCGCAAUGGCGGCGCCAUUGUAGACGGGACAAGUAAAGAGCUCCACGAGAUCCUAAAAACAAUAGAAGGGAACAUGAGCGGUGGCAAAAUCGUUGGGCCAGGAAGAGGACUGCCCCGCGGCGACAGCAUGCUUGAUAUCAACCCCGGCGACUCAUUCAAUACCCGACUUGGUUUGCGUCCAACGGGGCCUAUAAGAGAGGAUAGUAAUGCCAGCUUCGGCUUGUCCGGACUCGGCGUGCAGGAGGGAGAGGAAGAGGAAGACGAGACCAAUGACCCUCGCGGGUGGCUACAAAUUAUUGAUGCUUUCGAGCAACCACGACUGUUUUAUAACGUUGAAAAGAAGCACUUUGAGAGGGACACGACAAAACCCUCACUCCUCCCACAAGCCUCACACAAAACUGCAGCCUUUCGCAGCCGAUACCAUGUCAUUCACCAACGACUGCUUCGAAACGAAUCCUUUCAAACCUCGACCGUUUCCUCUUCCCGAUCCCGCGCACUCCAAAGAACAUCCUCGAACCCCCAAAAUUUAAAAAUAACACCCAUAGCGAAUAUGCUCGGGCGUCACGGCAGCAACCACAUGCUUCUCGGGCAACUCAACAUCCUACCUACCGGUGAGCUGGCCAUCAGUGACCUGACAGGCACCAUUGCUCUGGAAAUCAAGCAAGCCGUCGCCGUCCCUGAUGACUCGGCCUGGUUCUGCCCGGGCAUGAUUGUUCUCGUGGACGGCGUGUACGAAGAGGUGGAAAAGUCCAUCGGCAACGGCCUCAGCGGCAGCAACGGUGUCGGAGGUACACUGGGUGGCCGUUUCAAAGGCUUCUUGAUCGGGCAGCCCCCAUGUGAGAAGCGCAAAGCAACGCUCGGGAUAACAGGCCCCGACGAAGCCCCAGACCACACGAUAGGAGGCGGCUUCGGCUGGAUCGACUUUCUCGGCGUGGGCAGUGAGCGCGCCGUGGGCCCCAAGAUGCGCCGCCUUGAGCGCCGCCUGCUCGCUGCGCCCGCGGCGCCUUCGUCGCUAGACGAAGACGCCGACCCGGUAGGCCCGUCCCGAGGGCGUGUCGUCGUGAUUGGCGAGCUCACCCUGGACCAGCCGCGGGCGCUGCAGGCGCUGCGCAAGAUUCUCGCCCUCUACGCCGCCGAGCCCGAGGGUAGCGCGCCCGUCACCUUUGUCCUCGCCGGAAACUUUACGCAGCAGGCCGUCCUGGCGCGGGGCGGCAGUGGGGGUAGCAUCGAGUACAAAGAGUAUUUUGACGCGCUGGCGUCGGCCCUCGCCGAAUUCCCGACGCUGCUUCGGGCCUCGACGUUUGUCUUUUUGCCCGGCGACAACGACGGCUGGGUCUCGUCGUUCACGGCCGGCGCGUCGGUUCCGCUGCCGCGCAAGCCUGUGCCCGACAUGUUCACGUCGCGCAUCCGCAGGGCGUUUGCCGCGGCCAACGCCGAGGCCGGCACUUCCACGCGCGGCGUCCCGGGCAGCGCCGUCUGGGCAUCAAACCCGAGCCGUCUUAGCCUCUUUGGGCCGAACCACGAGAUUGUGCUCUUCCGCGACGACAUUUCAGCGCGUCUGCGCCGCACCUCGGUGCGGUUACGAAAGAAGGCGGGCGGCGGUGCUGCCCCCGCGACUCAGACGGCGGACACCAUGGACGUGGAUAAUGACGACGAUGCCGCGUCGCCGCCGCCGCCGCGGCCUGACCAGGAAGAACCUGCCGUGACUACUACGACGACGACGGUUUCGCUGCCGCAGGACGCGCACUCGGCGGAAAAGCUCGUCAAGACGAUCCUCGACCAGGGCCACCUGUCGCCAUUCCGCACAUCGAUCCGUCCCGUCCACUGGGACUUUGUGUCGGCGCUGCACCUGUAUCCGCUGCCGACGGCAUUGGUGCUCGUCGACGCCUCGGCACCGCCGUUUUGCGUCGCGUACGAGGGCUGCCACGUCAUGAACCCGGGCACCGUGCUGGUGCCCGGUCGCAAAGGUGUCGGCCGCUGGAUCGAGUACGAGCUGGGCAAGCUCGGUCGGUUGCGCGAGUGCACGUUUUAG